AUGACUCCUCCAGAGCGAGGAAACCUAGCAUCAUCAACACCGACAAAACUUCAACCACCGGCCAUGGCCCUCCAAGCCCCUUCUACCGCCACUACUCAGGUGCUAGCUAUCUCGGCCACAUCCAAAUCUUGCACUGGUCAGAAAGUGAAAACUCCUGCUGCCUCAGCCGAUUCUGACACGUUCGAUGACCCAUUUCUAGCAGAAGAUAUCCACGAUUACGCCGACGAAGAUGAUAAAGGUCCAUCCAAGAGAACCAAUCCACAUCUCCAGUCCAGCGUCGACAGGGACGACUCGGAGAACAAGGUCUUGGAUAAUAGCUCCAAGGUUAACAUUGACCGUGGCAAUGGCCGUACUCUCAAACACAAGACGGGAUGGAACUGGAAAUUGGAGGGCAAUACCUGA